CAAGCAACGUGCGGUCAUGUGCGGUGCACGUGGGUUCCUGCAGAAACCGUGAACAUAAUUCUAUUUCUAUUCUUCUCCUUUUUGUGACUUUCUGGAUUUUUUUGGUAUUGUUUUUAAUCUUCAUGCAAUAAUAUUUAUUCUUAACUGGACAAGCCAGUACUCAUCAUCAAAGUGAGUACGCAUCGACCAUUUGCUUUGUCGAAUAGCAGCACGAUUUCUUGAUUCAUGGUCUAUCUCCAACCGACGCUUAGUAAUUGAAUCAAAGAAAUAAAGCAUUAGAAGUCCUUUUCAGAUUUAAGGGAAGGUGAUUCUUCAUGAAAAAUAAUCACACUGGUUGUCGGGUCUUUUCAAAUUACGAAAGCAGUCGCUUAAAUUUAGAAUUUGCACAGAAAUGGCAGAUUGGUUCUGGAGGACUCUCACAUAUUGCCCUCCACAUUUCAAGAAAGGGUUUUUUCUCUUCAAUGCGCUUGUAAUACUCUACAAAAUCUGGCGCAUAACUUCUCGGAAGGAAAUUAAAAGCUGCCCAAAACCUCAGGACGCUGGAACUGACACCUUGAAUAUUCGCAAGGCUUUAUUCUUUCGGAAUGAGGGAACAGCUUGUUUCGGUCAUGUAUAUGGUGAGCCAUGUGAAUUUGGCAGAUACUGUCCAGCCUAUGGCUUAAGAGAGAUAAUCGACUUCAUCAAGUCCGCUUCUGUGUCGAUAGACAUUUGCGUUCUUCAUUUAACCAUGGAUCUUAUUGAAAAAGCCAUAUUGGCUGCUUUUGAAGGCGGGGUGGAAGUUCGAAUCAUUACAGAUCCUGAAUUUUUCAAUGAGAAAUCUCGGAUUCCUGACUUGAGAAUGAUGGGCAUUCCGGUCAAAAUCAAGACGAAUUCUGAUUUCUCAAUGCAUAACAAAUUUGCAGUCAUGGAUAAAAAAGUUUUACUGACUGGAUCUUUGAACUGGACAAAGCAAGGGCUUUGCGGGAAUUGGGAUAAUUUCAUGAUUACAUCGGAUCCACGCUUGGUCUCUCAGUACCUUGAAGAAUUUGAAAGUAUAUGGAGCGAUCUAUCUUGAAGAAUUUGAGAGUGUAUGAAGCGAUCUAUGAAACUUAUUUUCCAAUUCUUCAAGAGGUGCCAAAGUUUACCUCCUAGGCUGUGAUAUUAGCUUUUAAGAAUGAUAUCAUAUCCUAUCGACUUUCCUGUGUCUAUUGUUAUGUUCUUUUUUCAAGGGUGAGUAUAUUUCUUUCCCCCCAACGUAAAAAGGACCAAAAGUGUUCAGGAGAAGAAUUUAUUAACACCAAUGGAACAGGUGAUGUGUAACCUCCAUCUACGUAGUUUUGCAAGUGCUGGGCUAUUUUUCAAGUCCAUCGGAUACAACAGUACCCUUAUUACUCAAAUUAAACCAAUAAUUAUUGGUUAAGAUAAUCGUUAUGUAAGUCAUGGGCAAAAAGCAAAUCAGGCAUUUGGUUAAAUGCCUAGGCAAA